AUGGAGUCAGAAAACCAAACACUUGCAGCAGAAUUCCUCCUCCUGGGACUCUCAGAGGACUCAGAGCUGCAGCCCAUCCUCUUUGGACUGUUCCUGACGAUGUACCUGGUCACUGUUCUUGGGAACCUGCUCAUCAUCCUGACCAUCUCCUCUGACCCCCACCUCCACACCCCCAUGUACUUCUUCCUCUCCAGCCUGUCCUUGGCUGACAUCGGUAGCACCUCCACCUUAGUCCCCAAGAUGCUGGUGAACAUCCAGACAGAAAGCAAAGCCAUCUCCUAUGCAGGCUGCCUCACUCAGCUAUGCUUUUUCGUGGUUUUUGUAUGCAUGGACAAUUUACUGCUGGCUGUGAUGGCCUAUGAUCGCUAUGUGGCCAUCUGCCACCCCUUGUAUUACACGGUCAUCAUGAACCCCCGCCUCUGUGUCCUGCUGGUCCUGAUCUGUCUGCUCAUCAGCACUGUGGAUGCCCUGGUGCACACUCUGAUGUUGCUGCGUUUGUCUUUCUGCAAACACCUGGAGAUCCCCCACUUCUUCUGUGAUCUGACUCAG